GUCUUUUGCGUGCCUGUGCACAUGACUAGCGUCCGUGCAGCUUUUGGGCUAGCUAGGUGUUGUUCGCGUAUGCGAUAGUUAGAAGAGAAUUGAUUUCGUAAACACGUAAAAAAAAACUAUCGCUAUUUGUUGUACAACAUGAAGUUCCAGAGCUUGUGUGUGAUGUUACUUAGCUGUUUAAGUUUCAGGGCCCUGGCGAGUAAAUAUUCCAAGGAAAUGAAUGACCCUAAACCUACUGAUGGCAAAAGCACAGUGGAGUUCAGGAUCGCCAAACUGAAUCAGGUCUGGGAAAAAGCGCUUCGGAUGCAACUGGAUCCAGUUAAACAGGCUGAGCUGCACAGUGACCUAAAGAUCCAGGAGAAGGAUGAACUUCGCUGGAAGAAGAUGAAGGCUGAGGGCUUGGAUGAGGACGGGGAGAAGGAGGCCAAGCUGCGACGGAGCUUCAACGUUAUUUUAGCCAAGUACGGCAUGGAUGGCAAAAAGGACACCCGACCAUUAGAAAGCAAUAACCUUAAAGAUCACGAAACCAAGGAGGGAGAUUUGUUUGAUGACCCCAGGCUGGACAAACUCUGGAACAAGGCCAAGUCUUCUGGAAAGUUCUCAGAGGAGGAGCUCCUGAGUCUACGGCGGGAGUUUGAGCACCACAAGGAGAAGGUCCAGGACUACAACAUCCUCAUGGACACCGUCAGCAGGACUGAGGAAAUCCACAAGAACGUCAUCACCCCCUUGGAAGGGGAAGUCAAGGAGCACGCUCUCCAUCAGAAGCACCAGGACCUCAAGGAGAAGAUGCGGAACCUCAACCAAGGUUUUGAACGACUGCGCAAGCUGAGUCACGAGGGAUUCAGCACGGAUAGUGAGUUUAAGGAACCAAGAGUUAUUGAGCUGUGGGAGAUGGCAAGGACAGCCAACCUCAGCAGUGAUGAACUGGAUUCCCUCAAGGAAGAGCUGAAACACUUUGAGACCAAGGUGGAGAAACACCAACACUACCAGGAGCAGCUAGAGCUGUCCCACCAGAAGCUGAAACAUGUGGAGUCCCUGGGGGACAAGGAGCACAUCUCAAGGACCAAGGAGAAGUACAACAACCUGGCGGAGAAGACCCGGGAGAUGAGCUACAAGAUGAAGAAACACCUACAGGAUCUCACCAGUAAGAUCUCACGCAAUGGAUUCAACCAUAAUGAGCUCUGAGGGUGCGUGGAUGCACCCGAGUGAACUGGCUUCCUGCUCCUGAGACCUUAUCGACAGGGUCUACAUUGCAGUUCUUCCCUCUCAACACACCAUGGUACGGUUUAAAACACUUUUUGGACCAUAGGAUAUAGAGAUUUGUGUAAUCAAAACACGAGAAAUUGAAAGCACUUAUUUUAUAAUGACCAAUUCAUGUUAUUAUUGAAUAUUUUCGCUCGAAUGUUGCAGCAUUAGUGAAUUUCAGUUCAGAUGGUUUUGUGCUUUUGCCUGUAUAUUUCGCUUACAGUCUUGACCCUGCUUCACAUGAGUGCCAUUGUGGUUUGAAGGGUUUGGCUGGGGUGACCCAAUCGUGUCUCACGUACAGCUGAGUAGGAGGGGGAUGUUGGGAUAGGUGGGUUUGCUGGGGAAAACCCAACAAGUCAGCCAAUCAGAUGUGGCUUUACCUGUAUCCUGCAUUCAGUGUUAUCCCAGCAUUAGGUCCAAUGAAAGUAAGAGGUUAGCAGUUACAGCAUCCAGAUACAGACUGGCUGUGUGUGUGUGUGUGUGUGUGUGUGUGUGUGUGUUUGUUGGGGGGGGGUUGUCUAAAUUAGUUGUCGUAUGUGUCUGUAUAUUGGCUAUAUAUUGGUGAAAGUGUGUGUCGUCGGGCACAGCAACUGACGGACUGAUCGGGGCCUCCUGGGGAUUGGCUGCCAGCACCAGCACUGACAUUUGGUUAAAGACAGAUUUGUAUUGUAUGCAUUUAUACUUGUGUAACUCUGUCUUUUUAUGAAGGAACAUAAUGUGAGAGAAGCGAGGCAAAACUUGUAUCUAGCCUACUAAUCAAUCACCUUGAAUAAAGGUUAUUUUACAUCUGGUUA